AUGCAAAUACAAAGAUUGUAAUUUCAAUUACACUUCUUGUUAAUUUUUUUUACUUAUGGUUAAGAGAAUCAGUCAAUCUUUUGUAAUGACAAUUAAAUCACUUUUUACAAAUUUGCUUAAUAUCCUGCUUUUUUUAAUGAGACUACAAAAGAAUAUUAAAUAAAAGAAAAUGUUGAUUUUUUAGAAAUUAUAUAAAUAUCUGAGGUUCAUUAAUUGAAUAAUAACUACACUCUAAUUCAUAUUCAUGCGACAGGAGAUGAAAUUUUGAAAGUUUUUAACAAUCAAAAUUAAUAUUAUUUAGAAAGAUCUCAAAUAUAGUUGCAUUUUAAUUAAAAUAAUUUUCAUACAUCUAAUUUGAUAUCUUUUUAAAGCAACUUUUAAUUGCCUUUAUGCAACCAAUUCCAUUCCAUUUAUCAAAAAUAUUUCUAAUUUUUAAUUAUUUGUGAGUAGGAAAAUAUAUUUAUAAUUUAUAUUCUUGAAUUUUAGAAUUAAAAUUACACAAUUAAGACUAUUUCUUUAAAUAAAACUAAUAAUGAAUGUUAAUUAUCCAUAAAUUAAUAAAAUAAUGAAAAAUAAAUAUAUAUUUCAUUCAUAAAUUGUUUAAAUUGGAUUAUUUAUGUAAUAGAUUUUAAAGAAAUACAAGAGCUUGUAAAAUCUAAUAAAUUUUUUUAAGAUUAGAUUUUAAGAACCUUUUAUAUUCGAUAUUCAGAUCCUUAUCUUAUAUUUGAUCAUCAAAUUUAUACAAUUACAAAAGAUUUAAAACUACAUAAAAUAUAUGAAGAUUUUGAUAGAAAAAUAUUAACAUGUUCUAAGAUGCUUGAAAAUCUAAUUAUAAUUGUAGAACAAUAAAAUAAUGAAGAAAUAUUUGAUUAUAAAAAUAGUUUUCAUAUUUUGAUUACUAGAAAAGAAAAGCCUAAAGAAAUCUUUGAACUUAAUAAUAAAAUAAUACUUCAUUAUGAAAACUAUAUAGAACAUUUGGAAACAUCAACUCUUUCAUUUAAACUCUAUUUAAAAAUAGAUAAGCUAAUUAUUGUUAAUUUCUAGAAUAAAUUUUUUUUUGGAUUAAAUUCCACAAAAAUCUUUUUUUUCUAAUAGAAUUCUUACUCACCUUAUUUUAAUUGUAAUUAAUAUAAAAAUUAGAAUAACAUAAGUUUUUUAACUAGUAAUCUUUAUUAUUAUGAUGAAAUUACUUUUGUUACAAUUUUAAAGAAUAUUUCAGAUCCUUUUGAAAUAUUUCAAAAUUAUUCAUUUGUUGAAAAAUUAAUUAAGUAAGAUUUCUCAAUCACUUUUGAUAAAUAGAAGAUUCUUAAUGGAGUUAUUCCAAAUAUUACUCCUUUAAAUAAUGCAGAAUUGCAAUGCAAUAAUAAGUUAGAGAAGAUAACUUGUAUUAGUUAAUAUAUAAAAUCUACAUAAUGGUUUUUAAUUAAAAAAUUUAUGGAUGGAUCUUAUGGAAUUCUUUUUCAAUAACGAAAAAACUUAUAUUUUAUAGAAUGCAAACAUUAAAAACUUACUUUUCUAGGAACUUUCUAAAAUUUUUAAUAAAGUAAUAUAUUUUCUUAUUAAAACUAUAUUAUAUUGAUUUAAAAUAAUAAAACUAAAAUUUUAGCAAUUGAAGUGUCAAUUUCUCUUGAAUACAUGAUACUGGAAUUUGAAGAAUAAAUUUUAGAUGUAUAAGUCUUUAAUUAUUAAUUGAUUGUCAUUUUAGAAUCUUGUUAGAUAUUUUCUCUUUAGUCGCCCUUAAAAAUGGUGGAAUUAAAAAUUAAAGUAAUAAAUAAUAUAUAUAUUUAUUAGAAAUUUUAGAUUUCGCAAAUUAAUUGCAGAAACAUGCAUUAUUUAAAUGAUUAAGUAUCAUUCUUCUAUAAUUAAAGCACUUUAAUGGUUUUUGAAAAUUUUGUUACAACAACAAUUUUACUUAAUAAUCUAUAGAUAAAUAAUAUUAAUAAAAUUUAUUUAACCUAAAAUAUUUAUUUAAUAGAAGAACAAUAGCAAGAUAUUAUAACUCUAUCCAAAUAGGUCUAUUUUAAUUAUUAAUUUAUAAAAUUAUAAGAAUAUCAAAAAUUACAUUUUGAAUAUUCAUAUCCAUUAAAUUAUAUACUAAAUAGUAAUUUUUUGGUAGUUGCUGCUUAAGCAGAUGAUACUUGUGUAUUAUUAGUUUAUUCUUUGUAAACUAAAAAAUAAAAUAGUUUAAUUUAAAUUAUUGAUGUUGAUUACUUUUCUUUUCACUUUAUUGACAAUGAUCGUUUAGUUUACAUUUAUUAAAAUUAGAUUUAUCAAUAGAAUAUUGGUGAAAUAAAAUUGUAUUGUUCAACUCAGUAUUUUUUUGAAUUCAACAAAAAUCUUUAACUUAAAAUUCGAGUAGAGUUGAAAUCAAACAUUCUUUAAACAAGAAUUUAGACUUUAAACAUUUCAUUAAUAAAUUGUAUUGAAAAUUUAAUUGCUUUAAACACAACUAAAAUAUAAUUGAAGGAAGAAGAUGCAAAUAAAAUAAUAUUAAUAGACCCUAGAAAAUAUAUCUCUGGGCCUCUUAAUAAAAUAUCAUCUUAAAAUGAUUCUAUUAUUUUACCAAUUUAAAUUAUAAAUAACAUUGAUUUUGCUGAAUGCACAUUUUUUGUUAAUUCUAUUUGCAUCAAUACUUAAGAAAAUUACGUUAUAUUAAAUAUUUUAGAGAAUAAAAAAAGAAUCAAUGUAUCUUAAAUAUAAGAUAUUAGUUUUCAUAAAUAAAAUGA